AUGACACAGACAUACACCUUCUCGCCGAUAACAGCGACAGACCGAGCUGGACUAGUAUGGGUGGCCGCCAUCCUGAGCUUGAUGUUCAGCGUCCUGACACUUGCGACUAGGAUCCAGAUCAAGCUACACACACUUGGAUUGGACGACUACUGUAUAUGCGCCGGCACACUUGUGGCCAUUGGACAAUAUGUCGCAACCUACAUUGGCCUUCACAAUGGAGUCGGGAUCAGCAGCUCACUUAUGGCUCAGCAGAAGGCAUAUCAGCUCGGAGAGAUCUUGGUCGCAACGCAGAUCAUGUAUAUCCUGGCCUUAGCAUUGAGCAAGCUCAGUGUUGUGUUCUUCAUGAAGCGGUUGUUCACGCGCGAUCACAUCAAGGCUUGGUGGGCAUGCAACGCGGCGCUAGUCUUGACGAUCGUCUGGGGCAUUGGCAGCUGUCUGAUAGCGACAGUUGAUUGCGGACCUUCGAAUGUGCUCUACGGGAGUGCGAGAUGCUCUGGCAAGUUGAUACGAUGGGGCAUAAUCAUCGGCACCGGCGCUGCGAUAGAUAUCCUCUACGUCGGACUUGCGGUUGCGCUGGUGUGGCCAUUACAAAUGAGUACAUACAUCAAAGCAACAGUCGUCUUCGCUUUCGCCUUCCGCCUGAUCUGCGUAGUCUUCGCUGCUAUGCACGGACUAUACAUUGGGCGAUACGUUCACGCUGCAGAUCCUGGUCUGGCCAUAGCAUACGUGCUGGUAUGGCAGCAAGUCGAGCUGGGCUAUGCGCUCAUGGCAGCGACGAUACCGACUUUAAAGAGCUUCAUUCGUGGAUACAACAAAGCUAUGGGAUUCGAGGCAUCGUAUGAGGACAAGCGAGGAUUAGGAGGUGGCUAUAACCUGCGCUCAUACGGCCGCUCGGGAAACAUGAGUCACAACAACUCGGGACUGCGGUCGAAGCAGCAUCGUUCGCGGGUAGGAGCAGAACCUGAGCAGAUGGACGAUCACGAUUUGCGGCCACGAGACGGCGAAUAUCGCGCAGGAGCAUAUCAUGACCCGGUCCGGAAAGUGAGGCGACAGACUAGUACGGGUUCUGGCGACAGUGAGGACCCCAUCAUCAGGCGUGACGUGAUGGUCACGAUUGAGAGCCAGAGGGCUUCUGGGGCGGUCAUGUAA